AUGCAUUUCAGAGGAUAUGUAUACUCUGAGGAGGAACAGUCUGAGAGUGAGAGAUUGAGGGAAGAAAGGAGAACCAAGAAGAGGAAUGACCCUAUAAGUAGUGAGAGUGAGCAAGGAGAGUUUGAGAUUGGAGUGAACUUUGUUCAAGAGGGGGGAAAUGGCUCUCCAAAUGAGGAAGGCAGUGAGGAAACUGAGAGUGAUGAGGAAGGAGAAGAGGUGAACCAAUUGGUUGAUGAAGAUGACCAAGAGGGGAACCAAGAUGAGCCAAUGGAAGAGGCUGAGGAAGAGCAAGAGGAGGAUGAGCUCCCCAUGUACCAAGAGCACUACAACGCUCUCUUCUCCAUGGACUUUGUGGAGACUAAGCACCCACACGAUGACACAAUGAGAGAUCUUGGUAUCUUUGAGGAUGUGGAGUUGGUGCUCAAGAACAUGCAAUUGGGGAAGUUCUGCUCUCACCGCAUGGAGUCUUACAAGGAGUUGACUUGUGAGUUUUUGGCGUCAAUGAAGCAUCACAAGUUUGAUGAGCUCGAUCGAGCUGAGUUGGACCGAGGCUGGGGGUACAUAACUUUCCUAGCAAAGGGAGAGAAGAAGAUGGUGACCUUUAGGCAGCUUGAGAUACUGUUUGGGUUCACCUAUGGAGAAGGUAACCAUGGAACAUCAAGGAAGAAGAACUCCAAAGAGAAAGCCACUGGAACAAUCAAUGAGGGAGAAGUGAAGCUCCUUACCAUGGGAAUCAAGCCUAUCAUCUCACGAACUAGGGAUGGGAAGAAGAUCAGAGGAGACAGGGCACACGCAGGGAAUCUCAUGCCUCUCCUUGAGCAGCUCCAAGCCUACAAGCAGGAGUUCAAAUGGACAAGAGAAGGUCUACUCCACCAGGUUGGAUGGACAUCAAGUUUUGCAAGACCAACCUCCUCAUUGAGCACAAGGAGUUGGAUGGGAGAUUCCAAUUCAAAUUCACCCACCCCAUUGGCUGGACUCUCCAAGCUUCUUCUGCCCAACCCAGAGCUCACCACGGUCCUAGGAGGUACAAACAUUGAUUUCAGACCCCCUGUGUACACUUUGUUGGGCAUGAAGCAGAUUUGCAAGAAGAAGAGAUCGAGCUCGAUCGAGCUGAGGAUCGAGCUGAGGCUCAAGCUGAAGAUGGAGUGCAGGAAAGCGCUGACUUGGGUGAGCCUGAGUGUUAUUACUUUGAGAGUAUGA